CGUGUGUGCGUGGCGGUUAGUGUAUGUAUGUGUGGUUGUUAGCAGCGGCGUGUGUGUGUUGAAAGUGUGUCGUGGUGGUGGUGGUGGUGGUGGAGUGACUGGUGGACUGGCUGACUGGUGGUGGUGAGAUAGAGAUAGAGAGAAGGUUCGGCGGAACGCAAAACGCAUAGAAAAAAUAAGGAAUGGGAAGAAAAUAUUUAUAAAAGGACUUGAAAACUGAAACGCAAGGAAGAAAAGAAAACUCACAACCAACAAACAUUUUAAUAACUUUAGUGAUUACAAGUGUGCGUGCGUGUGUGUGAAUUCGUGUGUGCGUGUGAAAAACGAAGCAACAAGAUAACGAAGAAAUAGAGUGAAAGUGAAGUGUUGUAAAUCAUUCAACUCAAAGACGUAAUUGCAACAGUGGUGGAAGGCAGCUGACAGUGUUACCACCACCACAACUCCUACCACAGCACCACCACCAACCACCCCCUUCAGCACCAUUACCACCAUCACCACAAGCAACCCCCAGCACUGCCAGUCAUCACCACUUACCACUCACCACCUCCAGGCAGUGUUACCACCUGAUCGCAUUGGGUGGUAAGGUGGCGACUUUAUUCUGGCUACACUGCCGGUCUGCUCGCCAAGGAUUCCACGGACACAAACACGCACACGCCCUCUCCCCGUGUACGUAGGCUUGUGUGCGUGUGUGUAGGUGUUCCGUGUGCGUGCAGGCGUGGGUAGAGCAACAAACAGACAUCAUGGGGUAGUUAUAGACCCAAGAAUUGACUUAGAAAAUUUAACACGUAAUAACAUUUGGCAAUUGGUUCCCAUUCUCCCUUCCCUCCCUCCUUCCCUCCUCUCUCUCCCUCCUCUCCUCCUUCUCUCCCUCCUUCUCUAUAAUGUAGGCGUAAGAACAUUUUGAAUGAACGUGGAGGAGAGGGACAAAGAAAUAAAUAAGAAAGAGGUAGAAGACUGAAGUGUUUGUGAUAAAGAAGAGGAACAAGAGGAGGAGGAUUAGUGAAGAAGAUUUGGAUAUAGCAUUGAAAAGAGUAUCGUCACCACCACCAUGGCAUAGAAGAGUCCACGGGUUCGAAUCCAGCCGGCCAUCUUCCCUUCCUAGGAUGAACAAGGACGUUACCUCUACCCUGCUACCCAUGCUGUGAUUCACCCUGCCUAGCUACAGAGGUGUUAGAUAUGACAGCCAUGAUGGUGGGCGGCGGUGCGUACGGUGGGGUGGGCGGGAGCAUGGGAAGGGGGGGGUCGCUCUCCCCUCCCUCUCACCGCCUCCCCUCCCCCCAUUCCCCUCAUUCUCCCCCAUCCCCCGUCUCCAGCGAGUCCCCGACCUCCCCAAACAGCCUGGGGCGAGCCAAGGCCUGCGGGGUGUGUGGCGACAUUGCCAAGUCCAUGCACUUCGGGGGCCUCUCGUGUGACUCGUGCAAGGCGUUCUUCCGGCGCUCGGUGCAGAACAACGCCCACCGAGGCUUCACAUGUCCCUACGAGAAGAAGUGUGUCAUUGCGGUCUCCUCCAGGAAGUCUUGCCAGUACUGCAGGUUCCACAAAUGUCUGUCAAUCGGCAUGGAGAAGGGCUGGGUGAUGACGGAGGAUGAGCGGCGCAAGAUGAUGCAGCAGCGGCAGGAGAAGAAGACCAAAGAGGAGCAGAAGAAGGUCAACAUGACGUCGGUGGGGGAUAAGUACACCCUGAGCGAGGAGGACAGCACGGAGAUCUCCAUCAUCGUCUCGCUGUACAAGAAGGCGUACCAGGACGUGCCGUACCAGGAGGAGUCCCAGGAGGAGGGCGCCAGGUCAGUCAUGUCUCCCUGGAUGACCUUCUGCAAGAGGGUCGGCUACUUCUUCUCUCUAUUCCGGGAGUUUGCGGACUUGCCGAGCAGUGACCAGGCCCUGCUGCUCAAGACGGCCAUCACCUCGGCCUGCAUCAUCAUGGGCUCCGUGGUGUACGACUCCAAGUCUGGGCGCUGGCCGGGCAUGGCCAUCAAGCGCACUGGCUUCAUUCCAAACGUGACUUCGCAGAACGUGCAGCGCCUGGUGCCGGCGGAGCUCAUGUCCCGCGUCGAGAGCUUCUUCAAAAAGUUCCAGCAGGUGUGUCCAGAUGAGACCAUGGCCAUGAUCCUGAUCCUGGUGGCCCUCUACUCCCCUGAGCUGAUGGGUCUGGAGGCCAAGGAGACCAUACAGGCCCUGCAGGACCGCUACACGCGCGUCCUGCACAAGUACGUGGGCUGGAAGUACAAGGAACAGUCUGCUCUCAUGUUCCCGAAGGUGAUCGUCUCCCUGGCUGACAUCCGGGAGCUGGCGGAGCGCACGUGUCAGAUGCGCAUCCAGCAGAGCCUGACCACCAACAUCCCCACGCUGUCCACCCUCAUGAGCAAGCCCGGCCUGUCCUCCUCCUCCUCCGGCGCCGGCUCCCCCAUGGACACCAACGAGGGCGAGGACCACCACCACGAGGACGAGGAGGAGGGGGCGGUGGGGGGCAUGGCCGGCCUGAGUGGGCACGAGGAUAUUGGCAGCGGUGAAGGGAGCCUUGGGGAGGUGCAGGUGAAGCAGGAGUGUGAGCUGCAAGGGGACAGUGCCCUGCAGACCGAGGCGGCACACAAGCGGGCCCGGCUGGAGGCGACGGGCGGCGCACGUGACCACACGUACCAGAAGAUCAUGCAGAAGAUCAUGGACCAGAUGCACGGGUCCUCCAUCCACAUGCGCGCCCCCUCCUUGCUGCCCUUCAUCAUCCAGAUCGUGAAGAAGGUCGGGGCCGGCAACACCUCUAGCACCACUGGCCCCUUGGAGCAGCCCACCCCGGGGCCAGGCCACAAGCCCAGCCGCAGCCACCACAGCAAGCACCACCACCACCACCACCAUCACCACCGCAGCGCCUCCAAGCGCCGCAUGGUGGAGGUCAAGCAGGAGCGGGUGGAGGAUGACCUGGAUUUGCAGGACAUCUCCUCCCCUCUCUCCAGCAGCACCAUGUCCCCCGGCCUGCACCCCAGCCCUCCCCCGCCACACUUCCCACAACAGCUUCAGAUGGAGCCCCAGUCCAUGCCCCAGCACCACCACCUACCUCACAGCCCCUCGCUGCCCCAACAGACACACCACUUCACCUCCUCGCCCUCACAUCCCCCUUUCACCUCCCCCAACUACCCUGCCUCCCCCAUGGAGUCCACAGACUCGUGUGACCUCCUCCCCACCGCAUCACCUCAUGACCCCCUUGCCAUGUCUCCCAUGCACUCCACCUCUCCGGACAUGAUGCCACCCCUGCCCGGCACCCACAUGAUCCCCGUGGCCCCCUACACGCCCCCGUCGGCCAGCCCCUCGCCCAGCAUCCCCCACAAGCAGCCCACAGUCUUCACCACAGCGGACAUGCCCCUGCCCUCCCCCGUGGCCGCCCCAUCCCCGUACUCGGACACCUCCUCCUCCUCCCCCGAGAGCUCCCAGUCCCCACUAUACGAGCUGUUCUCCGAGGACCUCUCCAAUGUGGAGAUCGAUGUCCUGACGCAGCUGCUGGACUACGUGUCAAACUUUGACAACCUGGAAAACGUGAGUUCCCUCAAGGAGAUCCUGCCACCGCACCUCCUGACCGAGCUGCAGACCAAACUGUGCUCGUACUCCUUCAAGCAGGAGUGACCCUUGCUGGUCGGAGGGAGCAUGCGGGCUCUAGCGGGAAACAGAAUUACAGGUGUUCAAGCCAUCCAUGCACUCCAGCUGUGCAUUAGGUGUUAAAACUUUCCAGUGGUUGCAGUCAGCACAGGCAGCGGGUGCUCUUGGGGCACGGCCUCUUGUCCCUCACGAACUCUAGAGCAAAACUGUGAAGCUGAAGCUUAUCGGUGUCCUUGAGAAAAGGAGACUUAAUUAACCAUUCUUGCACUCACUGGAAAGUAGUCUGUGUCCUCCGAGAACCUUCUGACGCCUCACCAGCGACGUGCAAGCUGUGGCGCCGCCUACUCACUCACCCAUCCAUAUGAAUCAAUAUUUUGUGAUAGGAUUGACACAUCAGCCUGGGAGGUAAUGAUUGAGUUGAUAAUCAAAAUUAUCAUUGUGUAAUGUACUGUGCAUCGGCAUACCCAGUGUGGUGGAGUCUUGUGCAGCGCUGUGCAGCUCCCCGCCGUGAAAGAUGGAGCCUGAACGCAGUACUGAAGCAGCAUCCAAAUUUUUAGUCCGGUUAAAAUGCUUAGAGUUAUUAGUACCCUAAGAUUCCCAGCUGAGGGGACGGAACCAGUGUGCCACGAGUACCAGCAUUGGCGGCCCCGUCUCCCACGCAGCGCCGCACUGCACCGCCGUGUGUCACGCAUGCCGGUGCCCGACAACGAACCGACCGGGAUGCACCACGACCUGCACCAAACUGUACCAAACACGUCUCCAUCGUCGCCCUCCCCUCACUGUCCCACCAACGCGUAGCCGUGUACCCACAGCUUGCAGACUCUUCCCCUGUCGUGUGCUGCUGUCGAGUGUCACAAGAUGUGUUCACCUUUAGCUUCCAGGGAGUUUCAAGCCUUAUUAUGAUGUACUUGAGAGGUGUGUGUUGAAAUCAUAGACAUAUAUAUUAGCAAAGUUUUAACACAAGUAUUUUCAAUUGGAUAGUGAGAGAAUCCUGUUUGUUGCAUUAAAGGUUUGGUGGGGAGGUGGAGAUAGAGUAGGCAGCCCAGUGAGGUGUUGGUGAUGUGAGUGGAUGGCUGAGGAGGUGAUGUUGAAUGUCUGGAUGGAGAGAUAGUGACAGAGCUGGUGUGUGCAGGGGACAUGUGCACUAAAUUUCAAUGCGUACGUAAAUCAUUUUUUCUGAUAUUUCAAUUGGACAAAAAAUAUCACAAUGUAUCCCUCCAGCUUCUGACAGUAUAGAUGAAGAUGAUGUAAUGGUGUAGGAGUGAAGGAGGAGAAGGAGAAAUAAGUAAAGGGAAGCUUCUGUGAGACCAGUAUAGUGAAUGUGCAGGAUAUACCAGAGAGAGAGUGGGAUAAGGGCUUAAGUUAUGUUACAAAGAAUACCCAACCAAAGAUAGAGAACAUACCACACACACAGAGAGAGAGGCAAAGAAUGAGGUUAUGUUACAAAGAGAAUGCCCAACCAAACUCUAAUUAUUGACAGUCGCUCCAAAAGGUGACCACAAACUUACUUCAUUGUCAUUCCACUUAGCGAUGAGUUCUCGUGUCCUUGCUCUUCUGUUACCCAAGUUGUCCUGUCUCUCCUGCACUCUCCUCACCUCAUCGCCCGACCCCUCCACGCCUCCCUACCUCCCGUCACUGUCCCUGAAGAAGGUGAAGGAGGAGGAGAAACUGGGGUGAGAGUCCUUGGCCCUCCACCACUGCCCUGUGAAGUAGAGGAGAGUUAGUGGUGGGGAGGAGCAGUGGGAAGUGUGGUGGGUCCCUACCAGUAAGAUUGUGAAGUGGUGGUGGUGUAGAGUGACACAAGAGGACUGUGCUGUGUUCCUAAGUGUUUGUGGUCUCGAGCUUACCGCCGGAGUAGCGAUGUUGCCUGUAAAAUGGAAGCCUAGGUGUUUAUAGGAGUCUUCGGUUACACUUAUGUACUUGUGUCGAAUGCAACUCAGUUCUCCAGCCAGAUUCUGUACAUGCAGUCCUACUCUUUAUUACUUCUCUGAAUAUGUAUUGUAUGUAUACGAACCAUAGUUAUCCAACCCACACUAGUGAGAAAGAGAGAGACACUUCCACCGAGGGACAGCAUUUAGCCGCGUGUACAGUGUUGAGUGGAAGGAAAUAACUAAUGCUUUAAUAGAAUUAUCUCACUUUAUGAUCGGUUGGUGGACCACGUGUAGGUCAAUCAACAUUACUGAUCCAGCCACCACGGACGCAGAGCAUUAUGGAGUUGUCAUUGUAAGCCACCAAACUUGAGGUCUGGGUCAUGUGGCAUCUCUAGCAUUCACAGAGUACAUGGCAUGGCAUAUAAUGGAUGCCAUACUCUCAAAAUCAUACAGACAAAGAAUUGCCACUGAUGACUUGAGUAGCAGUGUUGCGCUGGGAGUGUGAUGCAGUGUGCUGAGUGUGUCCCCCGAGGGAGUGUGUCGAACGGUAACACGGCCAUUGUCAGAAUUGCUUUAUAUUACCAAAAUCCAUGAAAUUUUAUAUUAUGAUGAGUUUAAAACUUUUGAAUUGUACAGAUAUAUUGGUAUUUAUAAUAUUAAUAAUAAUGUAGAUUAAUGCUGAACUAAUUAUCAGACAAAUUAUGUUUUGUUAUAGUUUCUGUAUUUAGGAAUUUUAGUUAUUUGACUUAUGUCACUAAAUUAGUUAAAUUAUAUUGACUGGGUAGUGUAGUGUGUGUGGCUGAUGGAGGAAGGUGUUGGUGGUGUUGAUGUCAAUGUGGUGGUGUGCUGUGUGACAACCUGACACAGUAGCGGCCGGCCACUCCCUCCUGGCAACAUGUCUAGCCUGUGAUGGUGUGGCUGAGGAGGUGUGUCCAUCACUGUGUGGUGCCACUCAUGAAGGAAAGUGUUGUGAAGAUUUCAUCAUUGCUAGUGACCCCACACGGAUGACACUUGCUGCAACAAGUGUGUGGGCGAUGAGCCAGCGCAGCGUGACUGUCCUGCACACCUUGUGUCUGCUGUGUCGCAGUGACUAAAGGUCGACAGCAGACUUGGUGUGGAAACUGAAAGUUUGUGAUAUUAGACAACAGUCACAAGAGGCAUAUUAUCAAAUGAACCCAAAGGGUUGGUAAAGUAAUGUAGGAUACAAUACAUUAUAUAGAUAUAUAUUUGAUCCUUGUGGUGCAAUGUGUGUGUAACUUUUCUGCAGUACUAUGAGUACUUCAAUGCUAACAACUUAAGAUUGAACUAUCUCAAAACAACACACACAUCACUGAAGGAAUAAAAUGUCCCCAGCGCAUCAGCGCGGCCCGGCCCUGGCCGAGGUGGUGACCAACCAGCGUGCUUGAGAGUGCGUUAGAACUGGUGUUGAAACGAAUAUCGUUGAACUUGCCAGUUGUGAUUUGCUAUGACGUGUUGGGUGUUUAUUGUUUAGACUGACCAUCAGAGAUCAAUAUACUGUGUAUUACAAUGAAGUGUACCAGCUUAUCAGUGGACAAAUGUACGGUGUAGUUUAUAUAUCACUUAAAUAACACGAGAAUCCACCAUUAAUGAUAUAUUACAUAAACACAUUGAUGUGGUCUCCAGCUGACAUCACCUGAUGUAUGUUGCAUUUUGUGACAGGUGAUGCAGCACCUGUGUGGCAACACCUGUGGCCUACAUUGAUGGCCAUGCCCGGGGUUACUUUGUUGUAGGGACUUGGUAGUUACCAACUCAUUUGAGAUGGAUUUCGUGCUAAAUUGAGAUGUUAUUUCAGUGAAAUUUUGAAUUGAGGAGAAAGACUUGUUACUAAAAUAUACAUUUCUUGACUUACAAAAAUGUGGAAAAAUUUAGGAAAGGCCGUUUUGGACGAAAAAAAAUAUGGGAAUGAUGAAUUGGGGUUCUGUGAGGACGAGAUGCUGCUACACGAGUGCCAGUCAGCCCACACCGUCCCGCCCCACACUAGUGUUGCCAGCCACUCGUGGGUGUCCUUACUGUUUCCACACUACCACCAUGCAGACACGCUCAACCCACUUAAAAUAAACAAAAGGUUUUCAUGUGAUUUUGCUGACACAAAAGUUAAUAGUCAGUGUAGAUAAAAUUAUGGAACAAGGGAUGGUCUGCUUACUUACAUUGUCAGUUGAUCUGUAGAUUCUUUGAUUGCCAGUGCAUUCACUCCUCACGGCCUCCUGGGUGGCUGACUGACGCCUGGCAGGCUGAGGUUCAAGUCCCACUCUUGCCAAAAGAUUUUUCGUCUGACAAGGAGUGUUACUGUUUCCUCUUGAGCAAGGGUUGGGGGUUGUCAAGCCCCAGCAGUACCUACACAUUGGUUAAGUGAGCUCCAAAGGUCCCUCUGGGAGGGUACUAGCUGGUGCUCAUGUGUCCAGUGCAUGCUCAGGCUGUGCUGAAUUACACACGUUUCAGCGCAGAGAAGUUGGUCCAUGGCCAGGCUGUGAGGGCCGGCAGGAGGAGGCUUGGUGGGGUGUAGCAGCAGGUGUCACAAGUGUUCAUCAAAGACUAAUUAGAUAAUGUUACAAGGACUCCUGGAGGUGAAGAGAUUUCCUAGUGGAUUAGUUAAUACUGUAUUUACAACACUUGCCCAAAGUUUUCCUCAUUUCCAGCUCUGGAACUGACUGUCAGUGAAAGGGAUUUUGCUAUUUCAUAAGCAACACAAUAUUCACCCACACUGUGUGUUAGCACAGGCAACAAGGCAGGUGGGCUGGGUGUAGGUAGUUAUUGACUGCUGUGGGUGUCAACAAAGUGGUUCACUUCACCUUCAGGCCGGUGUUGCCGGCUGCUGGUCUCAGCCUCUGUUCAUUAACUCUGCCAUGUUCACGCUGCCCCUCCUGAGGCGCUGUGAGUGUGGCGGCUGCUGGCACCACGAUGGAGCCACAGACAUUCUCAGGUGACAACUUAGUCUCUACUGAACUAAACUUGUGGACAACAUAAUAUGGCUUUUCUCAAACAUUACUCAGACAUCACUACCUAACUUUAACAGUUGUAGUUCCCUUUUAUACACAAAUCAUUCGUGUAAAGCAAGCGCGUUCCAUGCUUAGAACAGUGUCAUGCAAAGUUGAAUGUUCAAGUGCUGGCACCGCCUGGCAGUGACCGAGUGACGGGGAUGUGUAGUGAAGCUUCCUCUGCACCAACACCAUUACUACACAUACACACACAUACUUGUGGACACCAGUGUUUGGAAAUUGAAUGUUCAUUGUAGUUCACCAAUUCACUGCUGUAAAGCAUGUGUUCACAAUUUGUGUUUACUAACAUUCACCAACCACAUAAAUGUGUGGUGGCGGCCAUGCCAGUCAGUGCUGAGCCACAAGCACCGGGGCAUCAGGCUGACACUGAAAGGAUGGUCGGUGUGUGUGUCAGCUGAAUCACAACCGUCGGAACAUUGGGUGUCACCAAGAAGCAGAAUCACAAGGUUUCCGCCUCACACACGGACAACAUCUCUUUGUUGUAGGAAAAUUGCUUUCUCUGAAUAAUGUGACGGCACGGGCAGUGUUGUGUUGUGUUGCUUGGGGCGGCCGAGCAGGCAAGGAGGAGUCAGUGGGACAACCUGUGGUGUGUGGGGAGCGAGGGAAAGAUCUGUACAGCAACGUGUAUGUUUGGUGUUGGCUUGGGGUCAGGUGUGUGUCAGGCAGGGGAAUGUGAGGUGAUGUGUGCAGACUGAGUGUGGUGUGUGUCCUGAGGUGUGUGCUCAGAGUGUCAGGGUGUGCUGGACGGGUGUGUCAUGGAUGGCUGGGGUGCGUGUCAGGCCUGGUGGUGUGGCAGGUGUGAGCAGCAUACCUGUUGGUGUCAGGGAUGCAGUGGGCGCCAGGGGCUGGUGUCACUGCACAAAGUUCUCCACUCGUGGGAGGAAUGUCUACGAAUUACUGCAAAAGAAAAAAUUAUUCCAUUAGCAAAUUUCUAUAGUCAAUAUUACCAUUGUCAGGAAAUUUCCUUCCUGCCAGGCGGUCGGAAGGAAAAUUCUACAGAUGGGCAGUUGAUAUUUAUAUGUAGUUAAAAGGGAUUUCCUAGUAACUGUGAAUGCAUGUGUUAAUGAAUGAGUGCUUGUGUGUGUGUCCCCGAGUAAAGCGUGGCCGUGUGUGUAGAUAUUACUGUUCUACUUUGACGUGUUAGGCGGAGAGUAGCUGUAGCCUGGAGCUGUUGGCGUAGGUGAUAAGUGAAUUUAUUUUUAUUGUAGUGGUGAGCACAGAGUACAAAAUGCAGUUCCCGGCCACAUGAGGAUACAGGAGGCAGAGGCGGGGGAGGAGGGGCAGGCUGUAGGGCAAGGCUUGGGGUGAGGCAUGGCUGGUGUAGGGGUGGGGGGGCAGGGAGGGAGGGCACUGUGUCAUGUUCCUUUGUGGCAACUCAAAAACGAGAAAAAAAAGAUUAAAUGACCGACCAUAAUGAGUUUCACCCACUAAUAAAAAUUGAAUGGCAUUAGAGAAAACUAUCCAUGUUUAAAUAUUAAAAAAAGAAAAAAAUGUCAAGAAUCUUACAUUACAGCUUGUACUUGCAUGACUUUGUACCUUUUAAGAAUGAGCCUUUUUUAUUUGUUUAUUUUUUUUUCACUUCCCCAUCAAUGUCUUGGAUCCUGUAGGACGAGGAUGUUCUGUAGGAGUGAGCGAGCGAGGCCAGCCUGGAGGCACGUAGCAGCAGCGGCCAGAGGUGUGUGUGUGUGUAUGUGUGUGUGUGUGUGUGUCAGACAGAGACUUCUUCAAUGGUCAGCUGGAAGGCUUUUCCUCACUUGGAGACCAAAAUCAGCCUAAUAUUCUUUGCUCAAGCUUUGUACAGUGUAUUUUAUGAUGUAGAGAAUAUACCUAUAUAUAUGAUUCUUGUAGUGUAUUGCUGGAUGUUGUAGCUUUUCUCCCACUCUCUUGGAGCUUUCUGGAGGCAACUCACAAGAGCCAUCCGUGCCCAGCCAGCAGACAGCAGUGAGUCCUCCCACAGCACUUACAUACUGCCCACCACUGCUGUUAAGAAUCAUAGUCUUGAGGCAUUGGUGAUGGUGAGGCUGCAGCGGGGCGUGUGUGUGUUGGUCAGGGCGAUGACAUUGGGGGUGGUGCAGCCGUCGCAUUUAUGACGGGUUGUUGUCAACAGGGUUACUGUGGUGGUCUGGAGUGCUGGGAGGACUCUGGACUCGGCUGGCCUGGAGGCAAAGAUGAAGGGAUGUUCAGACUCUUGCUGAGGGAGGAAAGCCGAGGAAAAUGUCCCGCGUCAGGACAACCUGUGGAGUCAUGUAGCCUGUUCUGUCCAGAGUCUUGCAGGAGUAGUGACCUUAUUGACCUUUAUUUUCCUCUUGUGGGGGUCCGCUUGAGCCUCCAUGAGCUGUGGCGAGGGAGGGAUGGGAGGAGGAGGAGGAUGAUAUAAUAUAUGUUCUGGUCGGCCCUGCCCUCGUGUGUGGCCAGAGGAGGCUGGGCCGUCCUCCCCUGGCUGGGUGAGUGUCUUGGUGAUUGAUAGCUGUAAUGUGUUUAUUACUCCUCUCCACCGUUGUUAGAGAUCACCAGCGUCAGUCAGUGUGUCUCGGGGCCGUUCAUUGCCACCUUGCCAGUGCGGGAAGUGUCUAUUUAACAAAGCUGGCUGCCACUACUUUUAUUGCCACUUACUAGUGCUGCUGCUACCUACUAUUACUAUUGCUACUACUUCCACUACAAACAGUUUUAAAGUCGGGUACAUGCAUUUCAAAUUUUUCAAUAUAUAUAGUAAUGAUAUUUGCUUACAAUUGUUCAUUCAUUCACCUUUUCCCCUCUUCAAAAAUACUCGCAAGCUGAAUUUCGAUGUACGUACAAUAUUUUGGUGCUUCAGAAAAACUCCUGAAAACAAAAGAGACAACAGUUAUUGCCAAGUUGACGGGUACAGACUCUUCUCUGGCUGGCCCAUGCAGGCCGGCGGUCACCUCAGUACCUCCUGAGGCAGGUGGUGAGGCGAGCCCCUCUGUACAUAUAGCUGAGGCUUGCAGAGUUUCUAUAUAUCAGCAUUAUAUUGAGGAAUGUGCUGUGCCGCACUGGUGUUACUGGAAACAAAUAAAGUGUUUCCGACAA